AUGGUGACUGUACGAGCUGGCGACUUCCCAUGGACUUACUCAAAAUCAAAAGAAAAUGAAAGAAGUCGAUUUCGACAAGAAACUCAAAGAGAAUCCGAAAUAAUUAAAAGAGAUUUUACUAAUAUUUCAAAUUUAGAUCAAUCUCUAUUAGAAAUGCAUAGUGAAUUGUCAGAGAGUGUCGAAAAGAAUCAUUAUGAACAAAUAGUUAAUAAACUAAAAUUAGAAAAACAAGAUAUCGAUAAUAAAAUAGAAACUUAUCGAUCCCAAGAACAUUCAUUAGAAAUUGAUAUCAAUGUAAAGGGACAAGAUAUAGAAACAUUAGAAGCUCAAAUAAAGGAAUAUCAAAAUGAGCUAACUCAGUUAAGACAAGAAAAUUUAAAAUUAACACAAGAAGAGUCAUUAAAAAUAGGACAAGAACUUGAUUUGAUGACUCGACAGCAAGAUUUACGAGAUAAAAGAAACGGAAAACAAUUAACUCAAACAAUUUUAUCAAGUAAUUUACAAGCAUAUUCAAAAUUACAUAAUCAAUAUCGAAAGAAAUAUGAUAAAAUGAAAGAAUUUUUAAAUAAAUAUAAAAAUGACAAACAAAGUCAAUUAAAAAAUAAACAAGAAGAAAUAGCUAAAUUAGAAAAUGAUUUAGCAAAAUUAAAAACUAAUUUACGAGAAAAUAGAAAAAAAUUAACUUGUUUUAAAGAUGAAAAACUUAAAUUAUUGAAAGAAGAAACUAUUUUAAGUGAAGAUAUUUUACAAAAAACUCAGCUAGAAGAACAACAUGAACAUGAACAUGAAAUCAAUUGGCUUUUAGAUAAAGAUAUUGAUAUUCCAAGAACUAGAAAAAUUUACUUGAAUAAAAUUGAAAAAUAUGUUUUUACACCUUUCUUUUCUGAAAUCUAA